GGGUUUCCGUAAAGCUGCUCUGAGCAGGCACCGUCUCGAGAACAGCCUUUAUUCUUGAGACGGGUGUAAAACUUGUCAGCGGUUCUAUUACAGAGUAAAAAAUAAUACUUGGAAGGAUAAAGGGAAGAGGUACUAUAUAUUAACUCUACAAUCAGACUGGGUCCCAUUCUACUCCCAAGAAUUCUGUCAUAAUGGGAGAUCUCAUUUUGUUUGAGACUGGAUAUAGUUGAAAUCAAACCACACACCAAGAGGGUAUGAUGGAUAAGAAGCCCCCAAAACCAGCUCCUCGCAGGAUCUUCCAAGAAAGGUUAAAGAUUACUGCUCUACCUUUGUACUUUGAAGGUUUUUUGUUAGUCAAGAGGUCAGAAUGCCAGGAGUAUAAACAUUACUGGACAGAGUUGAGAGGAACUACACUUUUUUUUUAUUCUGACAAAAAAAGUCCAACAUAUGUUGACAAGUUAGACAUAAUAGACCUCACAUGCCUUACUGACCAGAAUUCAACCGAAAAGAAUUGCGCAAAAUUCACCCUUGUUUUACCAAAAGAGGAAGUGCAACUGAAGACAGAAAACGCAGAAAGUGGGGAAGAGUGGAGAGGCUUCAUUCUUACAGUAACAGAGCUGUCAGUUCCCCUACACGUGUCACUCCUUCCUGGGCAAGUAAUUCGACUGCAAGAAGUCCUAGAGAGAGAGAAAAGGAGGAGGAUUGAGACAGAGCGGAUACCGAGUUCAGCUAUAGAAAAGGAGCAGGAACCUACUGAAGAUUAUGUGGAUGUACUGAACCCUAUGCCAGUAUGUUUUUAUGCGGUGUCCCGGAAAGAAGCAAUCGAGAUGCUUGAGAAGAACCCUUCUUUGGGAAAUAUGAUCCUGAGGCCUGGUAGUGACAGCAAAAACUAUUCCAUCACUAUCCGGCAGGGGAUAGACAUGCCAAGAAUCAAGCACUACAAAGUGAUGAGUGUAGGAAAAAACUAUACCAUUGAACUGGAAAAACCUGUAACGCUCCCAAACCUGUUCAGCGUCGUUGAUUAUUUCAUGAAGGAGACCCGAGGAAAUUUACGACCAUUUAUAUAUUCAACUGAUGAACGCCUUGAGACCAAAGGAUUUCCUGUAUGAUCUCUAAAACUGAAAAAAAAUGUUUAGGGUGGCGGGGAUUGUGAUAUAAUUGCUUCAUGUCAGUUAUCUAAUACUGUGUAACAAACUACCCUAAAAUAUGGUAGUUAAGUCAGUAACCAUUUUAUUCACAAUUCUGUGCUUUGGCAAUUUGGAUUGGAUUCAGCUGGGCAGUUCUUCGCUAGUCUCACUUGCUGUCACUUACACAAUGGUAAUUAGCUGGUGGCCUGCCUGGGGCUGUAUGUUUCAAGUUGGCAUCAUUCACACAUCUGAUGCUGGUGGUCAGCUGGAUCUGGCUGAACAACUCUUUUCACAUAUUCUCUAAUAAUUGAGUUAGCUCAAGCUCUCCCACACAGAUCUCGGAGCUGUUAAGAAAAGGAUAGCUCAAAUCCUUGGGCUAGAAAUUCUUAGUGUUAAGAAUCAAGUAUGGCCCUGUUGGAGGUUUUAGUAUGGCAGAAACUGUGAAUUAAGUAAAUAAAUUCGAGAGUGAAGUGUCUUAUGUACAGGGGCUGUACAUCUUUCUUUUUAAAAAAUUUAAUUUACAUGCAAUAAAAUUCACUUUUUGGGUGUAUGGUCCUAUGAGUUUUGACAACCACCACUAGAAUAAAAAUACAGAAAGUUCUGUCACCUCAAA